UGUCAGCUGGCGGGGCCCGCUGUGCUGCUGCUGCUAUUCUUGCACAAGGUCAGUACAAUGGCGGGGAGCUUGUACCGAGUGAGUGAGGUGAGUGGAGGAACAAGGUCUCAAAAAGAGGACACUGGAAUGGCAGCCCAGCAAGCAAACUGCCGCCCGCCAUUUCCCUCUCCACUGUUUUCUCGUCAACAUCCCCGGAUCUCCUUCUCUCUCUCUCUCUCUCUCUCUUUCUUUCUCCCGUCCGUCAAUCGCUCUUCUAGCCCGUAGAACCUUGCCUUCUGAAUUGUCCUCUUGUCCCGCUACGUACGAGUAGCUGCACCCCCCCCCCCCCCCCCCCGACCAGUCUUUUCCAAUAACGCCCGUCAUGUCGGACGACAAGAUCAUCGCCGCUUCCAAGAAGCACCCCAUCGUGCCGAACCACACCUUCAACUAUGGCACUGCGGGGUUCCGGAUGAAAGCCGAUCUCCUCGACGGUGUCACUUUCCGUGUCGGCUUGCUCUCUGGCCUGCGUAGCCGCAAGCUCGGUGGCCAGACCAUUGGUGUUAUGAUCACUGCCAGCCACAACCCCGCCGUCGACAAUGGUGUCAAGAUUGUUGACCCUAUGGGUGACAUGCUCGAGCAGGAAUGGGAGUCGUACGCUACCAAGCUCGUUAACAGCUCCUCGGACCAGGAGCUCGUCGACAACUACAAGGCCUUGGCUUCCCAGCUCCGCAUCGAUCUCUCGGCCCCUGCCCGCGCCAUUUAUGGUCGGGAUACCCGUCCCUCAGGCCACAAGCUUGCCACUGCUCUCGCCGACUCCUUCGAUGCCGCAGGCGUCGAGUACGUCGAUUACAAGAUCCUCACCACUCCCCAGCUGCACUACCUCACCCGAUGUAUCAACACCGAGGGCACACCCCAGUCGUAUGGCAAGGUCAGCGAAACGGGUUACUACGAGAAGUUCGCCGAUGCGUUUGUCAAGGCCCUCAAGGGCCGUAAAAUCGACGGCCAAUUGACCGUAGACUGCUCCAACGGUGUCGGUGGCCCCAAAUUGACCGAGUUCCUGAAGCAUGUCCCCAAGGACGUGACUGGCUUCGACGUCAAGGUCGUCAACGACGACGUCCUCCGCCCCGAGGUCCUCAACCUCGACUGCGGAGCAGACUUCGUCAAGACCAAGCAGCGCGCCCCUGCCUCUCCCAAGCCUCUCCCUGGCGCCCGCUACUGCUCCUUCGAUGGCGAUGCCGACCGCCUGAUCUACUACUACACCGACCCGGAUACUGGCUUCUUCAUGCUAGACGGCGACCGGAUAUCCACCUUGGCUGCUUCCUUCAUCGGUGACCUCGUCCGUUCGGCUGGUAUUGAGAAUGACCUACGCAUCGGUGUUGUUCAGACCGCCUAUGCCAACGGUGCUAGCACCAACUAUAUUGAGAAGCAUCUUGGACUGCCUGUUGUGUGCACGCCCACUGGCGUCAAGCACCUGCACCACGCCGCCCUCAAGUUCGACAUCGGUCCCUACUUCGAGGCCAACGGCCACGGCACCGUCCUCUUCAGCCAGGACGCCAUGCGUGCUUUCCGUGAGACGAAGCCCCAGUCACCCGCCCAGAAGGAUGCCCUUGAGACCCUGGCUGCUGUCGGCAAUCUCGUUAACCAGACGGUCGGCGAUGCCCUAUCCGACAUGCUGAUGGUCGAGGUGAUCCUCGCCCACAAGGGCUGGACGCUUAAGGACUGGGCCUCGACCUACUCGGAUCUCCCAAACCGCCUCGUCCGCGUCGAGGUUGGCAACAAGGAUGCUUUCCAGACUACCGACGCCGAGCGCCGCCUGAGCCAUCCCGCGGGUGCCCAGGACGAGAUUGACCAGUGUGUUAGAAAGUACACCAGCGCUCGUUCUUUUGCUCGCGCCAGUGGUACCGAGAACGCCUGCCGCGUGUAUGCCGAGGCGGCCACCCGCUCCGAAGCCGAUGAGCUGGCGAACAAGGUUGCCGGCAUCGUGAAGCAGUACGGUGGGCUGUAGGCAAAGUCAAUGCUGCGAUAUGGGCAAUGACAUUGCCACAAAGUUGGCGAUGGGCGAUGGACGAGUGACGGGUGGCUUGCCUCACCAGCAGCUACCACACAAAAAUUACGGCGUUGUUUCAAAAGCUAGAGCGAAUUUGAUGCAAGGAGAAGACUUGCCCAGAGUUACGAAAUGAAUAGGAAACGAGACAUUUGAUAUUCAAACUCCUCAUCCCUCAAAGUGCAUUUGUUCUGCAUCGGACGAUGAGGCAGGGCGGCUGAGCUUAGUUCCGCGCUCUCUCUCUCACUUAUGCCUCUAGCUGCACAUGAAAUGGGUAUCCCAAAAAGAAAAAGAAAAGGAAGAGAAGAAUGAAUGUAUGAAGGCCAAUGAUGUAUGACAUCAUGCAAGUAAGUGAGUGCCUGGGGAUUCCCUGCUUUGACAUUGUCACUCCCCUUUCCAUGAUUAUCCCGCCUUGAGCGUGUUGGCAGGCCCGUCCAGAUCGACAGGUAAAAUCGUUAGGGACAUUCGCCCGUGACGCUUGUUUCAGAACGGCCUGAUGUUGCCACGUAGCUAUCGUGGCUUUUGAGAAGCCUGGCAACUCGUUCGGUAUACAAUCAUUCAUGUUUACAUAGCGAAUCCAGCUAGGCUCAUUUUCCACUCCGGAUCGGUCAGUCGGUGUGCAUUGGAUUCGAAGUCAUAGUGUCAGUGGGUGGUUCAAGUCGUCAAUUCUUCUCUCUAUCAUACACGUUUCUCUUUCCACCCCACCGUUUGACGUCUGCCCAAACCGACGGUUUCCAACCUGGCCCAGUCCGUCUCUUUUGUGUUCUUCCACUGCUUUCCUUCUUUUCAUGCAGACGCCUCUCUGUCACGCCUCUUUAUUACCUGUAUAACCUUGUCCCCUGCGACUCGUCCCAGAGACAUACUGCAACAGAAAGUCCCAGAAACAGAAGCAACGAGAAGUAAAGAAUAGGCCUACUAACACAUUAACACAAACACCCUCGGUGCUUGCCCAUCCGCUAAAUAUGUAU